AUUUUAGGAGGAAUUCGGUAGUCAACAAUAAAUCAUCAAUUCGUAUACUAAGAUAUUAAACUGGUUUUGAUAUCUUAUUUCAAAUGAGAGCAGAGUCGUAACACGCUUAAAACAUGAAUUAACAGUUUAAAAUGUCUCAUAAGAUCAAUGUUAAUUUUAAAGUUUUUAGUGUUUUAAACAUAUUUAAACUCUGCUUUAUUAUUAUAAAUUUUUUUUCAUUGCUGGGAAUGAGGUGAAUUUUUAAUAUUAUGACCCUGAUAACUUCAAAUACAUAUGUUUUGUUAACUUAAGUGUGUCGUUGAUUACAUUCGAUUCAGAAGAAGCGGAGUAAUAUAGUUUAAUGCUAAUAUGUACAUUAAAUUUACAAAUAUAAUCUUUAUUUUUUAACUGCGCAAUUGUUAAGUAUUUUAAAUAUUAUUUUUUAUAAUUUAUUAUAUUCCCAAAUGAAAUUUUAAAAUGUAUAGAUAAAUUUAUUUCAAUUCAAAAAAAAUAAAUAUGUGUAUUUAUAUAUAAAUACUCGUAUUUAUAUUAAAGAUAUAAGACAGUUGAUUUGAAAAUAUUGUAUAAUUACGUUUAAGUUAAUAUUCAAUGGAUUUAAAAAUGACAACGACAAUAUUUUUUCUAAAAAUUGUUAUAAUGGUGUUUCAACUUGUUACUGGAAACAAUAAUUUAGAAUUGGUUAAAUUGGACAACAACAAAUUAGAAUUGAAUAAAUUGAAAAAUUCUCCUCCAUGGCAAUACCUCAAAGACACAACGGUAUAUCUCCCAACUUGUAAAAGCAUAACUAUUAAUGAAUUAUUUGACAAAGCAUAUAACGCAAAUACUUCUAAAAAAAAUAUAGAAUUUGACAAUGCUAUUAAGGCCUUUCACUGGUCAUUAAAAAGACGAACGUACACAUAUAUUUUUUUCCUUGUAAAAUAUGGAUACGAAGCUAUUAAACAUGGUGAAACACUAGAAAUAGUUAAAGUUAUUAUUUUGAAUGCUUUGAAUGUAAUAAUAAAUUGUUUAAAAAAAGUUAAUAAUUUGCAUCAAGUGGCACUGAAAGAGUACAUUUCAGAAUUAGAGAAUUGUAGCAACACAAAGGGUAUUCAAGAAAAACUUGGAGAGAUGACAAAUAUUUAUUUGAAUGUGUUACAUUUAAUUCAGCUACCGAAACCUGAUUUGUUUAAAGAUUUUUUUUCAAUAUUCACAAACAAAAAAAAAAUUUAUUUUCCUUUGAAUAUCGAAAAAAAAAAUAUUGAUGAAAAACUAUUGAUUAUUUAUUUAAACACAUUCCUGAAAACUAUUACUACUGAUAUAGAUCUUAAGUAUAUAUUUAGUGAGUAUUUAUUUAAAAGAAGACUAGUGGAUCAUUUGGUCGAAAUUAGUAUAUUAGUAGAUACUGAAUACAAGUUCGUAGAAUAAAUUUCAAUAAAAUCAUUAAUUUUGACAACAUUAACACUCUGCCAUAAUUAUGAUAGAGAAACAUUUGUAAAGUAUUUAUUAAUAUUAAGUAAUAUUUUAAUAAUUACAAUAUUUACAAAUCUAACCUUACUAUUGAUUAUAAUAAAUUGUAAAAAUAAUAUAACUAUAAUUUUAGAUAAAUU